AUGGGCAGCAGCAGCAAGGCUGGCGUUGGAGCCAGCGCCAGCAGCAGCGGCAGUGGCGGGGCCAGCGGCGGCGGGGUCGGCGGUGUUGGCAGGGGGAGUGUGGGCAAGCUCGCCAAGGAGCCCCUUGUGGAUCUGUCUGGAGACCUGACGGCUGGGGGCAUGGGCACUGAGAAGCUGCUGGGCGGCGGGGAGUCGCAGCAGGAGGAGGAGGACGACGACUGCUGCGCCACCUGCUUGGAGAUGUACACACAAAGCAACCCUCGGAUUUGGACGCAGUGCGGCCACCACUUUCAUAUGCAGUGCAUCUAUGAGUGGCUGGAGCGCAAGGAGACCUGCCCCCUGUGCGAGUCGGAGAUUCGUUUCGAGGAGUUGUGA